UUCUUCUCAUUAGUUUUAGUCUGACAUUACUGUUGCGGAAUCUUGAUAGUAUAAAAACGGAUACAGUGCAAAACGUUUCUACAAAAAUUUAAUUCUGUAUUAUUUCAUUAUUAAGCCAUGUAGUGCAAAUUGCUGGUUUCGCAUACAUAAGAGUCAUUCGUAUAUACGUGUUUAUGUUCUCGCAUUCGUAUGUAAACUUCUUAUAAAACGAAAGUGUUUCAUUAAAUUCAAAUUGAUAUUGUGCCAGGGUAAUAUAUUUAUUUUUAUUUUAAUAAUCAUAAUCUUACAAAAAUUAUAUGCGUUGAUAAUGAAAAAAAUGGAGAUGGGCAUAUUAAUAUUUCUUAUCUUUGUGACUCAAGCACUACUUAUUGUUGGAAAAGUAAUUUUAAUACACAAUAUUUUAAACCAUGAGAUGACAUUGAUAUGUAUGUCUGAAUAUGAUGGCGGCGCUCUUGUAUGGAAUUAUCGUACGUCAAUUGUCGAUUAUUAUGGGAUGAAUGGACUUCAAAAGAGUGAUAUAAUGUGUAAGAUGAAUGAAAAUCGAGGAUGCUUGGAGUCAUGGACUAAACAAGAUUGGAAUCUUACAGAUUCCUUAUUAACACCUAUGGGUCCAGUAUUUGAUCAACGAUGGGAAAAAUUUCGGCAGUUUAAUGUUCAUGACUGGAUGCCUAAAAUUUUGACAACUAACUUUAAUGAAGUAAAGCUUUCUUUUUCGGUUCGUACGACGGACAGCAUAGUGAUAUUAAUUUGCAAACGGGAUUUUUGCUAUUGGAUCAUAAUAAAUAGUUGGAAUUAUACACAACCUACCAUUGGAAAAUGUCCAAUAAGAACCUCGACUGCAGUUUGUUUUUCACAACUAUCACAAAAAUUAAUACAGAACUCAGCGUCUGAAUUUAAAUGGCAAACGUUUGUUAUUACAUGGAAUUUUGACAUGGGCAAAAUAAUUCUUUAUGAUACUGAUAAGAUUAUUUACUCAUAUACAAAUUUCCUUACAAAGAAAAUUCAAUUAAACUCAUCGUCAGACAAUAAUUAUUACAUGUUGGCUGCGAGCUCAGGUAAAGGGUCCAUUCGAUUGCAUACAUAUAAGUUUUUGCAUACAACUGUUGAGAAUGCAACUUUAACGAGUCCAAUUUUUCAAAUUUAUGACAAAGUGAUAUGUGUACAACUAUUAGUUGGCCUUUGCGUUGAAUGCGAUGCACAAAUAAUAUUGCGUGAUUCCACGAACGAUGCAGUAUUAGUAAUGGCAAUAAUAAAAGGCUCAACGAAAGCCGCAGUUCAUGGCUUACCUAUGUGGCAAUCUGUCACUAUCAAGGAUAAUUUGAUCAACCAUAGUAAUAAUAGGGUGAUCAUCCAAUUAAUUCCUAAACUCAAUAAUCAUAAUAUCAAUCCGUUGUGGGCGAUAGCAAAUGUUCGCCAGUGUCCUCCAAAUGGAACUUUGAGGAAAAAUGUUAUAUCUUUUCACCACAAAUCUAUUGAACGACCAAACGUGACAUGUCAAAAAUUAUUUUACAAUGAACAUGCUAUCGUGAGUUCUAAAUCAAGCAUCAAAUCAGAUGUAAAUCUAGAUGCGUCAUACUGUCCCCUAGGAAAAAUUGGGCCAAAGUGCUUAGUUUCCUGUAAAUAUGAUUUGCAUAAUAACUUUAAUUGCAAAGGAAUUCAAAUUUGUUACGAAGAUGGUUGCACGUGUGAUGCAGGUUUUUCAGGAGCACAUUGUUUUGAUUCAUGUGAUUCAAAUACAUACGAUUAUAACUGCAGAAAAACAUGUGGCUCAUGUCUCUAUAACGAAACGUUAUCUAAUAAUCGGUGUGACACAAGAACUGGGAUAUGCAGUAACGGAUGUAAUAAUACUAAUACAGAAUUUUACAUUCCACCUUUGUGUCAAACAAGCAUAGAGAAGCCAAAUGCACCUACAAUUAUCUCAAUAAACGAAACGGCUAUUUGGAUCAUUGUUAAUAUAACGUGGAAAGACGAAUACGAAGAAAUACCGAUUUAUUACUCUUUUGUCAUUCAAGAACACAUCAAAUACAAUCAGCAAUCAUGGAACAAGUUAUUUCGAAAUAUGACACAAGUAACAAAACAUUUUGAAAAUGUGGAACCUGGAUUUACUUAUCAUAUUCGUCUAAGCUUAAAUAUUUCAGGUGUACAAAUACACAGCGAUUGGAAAGUAGUUGAGACUAAAUGCAAUCCGGCUGAAAACUUCGACAUAACAUCAGAAGAAAACGGCAUGAUAAUUGAACAAAUCAAUUCAAACCAAUUAUAUUCAUGUCCGGCAAGGUGGUAUUAUCUGGUAAUUUACAAUAAAGAUACGAAUGAAGAAGACGUUUCUACAUUAGUUCCAUCUUUUCCAUAUGAGUUUAAACAUUUAUCAGCAUACACUUCUUUUAAUGUGACUAUAUCUCACAAAAAUCGCGUGUUAUUUUCAAAAUCGAUCAGCGUCAAUAAUGUUUCACCGACACUUUAUGAAGCGUGGAAAGUACCCAUUACGACUAUUACAUCAAUCUUCGUCGUGAUAGUAAUAGCAUCUUACUUGUACCGAAGAAAAAAACAACAAUGGAAUGAAGAACAAAUACGAAACGAAAUAGCUUUGUCGCAGGAAUCCGUGAAUUGUGAACACGAAACGACAUUCAGAAUAUCGAAUAGAAUAGAAUUCAUGGGAGGUCUGUCUCAUAUUUAUGAAAGUAUAUCUUCAUUGCAGGCAAGUACUCCGGAAGCGUUGGUAACUGCUACCACGCACAGUGAAGAAGAGGAGGCGGAAAUGGUAUCAUUGGUAAAGGUGAAAGAUUUUGAGAAAUAUGUCAGACAAGCGAUACAGUCAGGAUUACUGGAUAAGCAAUACAAAGCAAUAAAAAAGGUGAUGAAGAACUAUACGGAUGAUGCUUACCCCGACUACAUUAACGCUAAUUACAUCACUGGUUAUCAAAAAGAAAAACGUUAUAUCGCCAUGCAAGGGCCCGAACCAAAUACUGUCACCGAUUUCUGGCGCAUGAUUUGGCAAGAAAACGUUCUUAUUAUUUGUAUGUUGACAAAUGUAGUCGAAAAUGAAAAGACAAAAUGCGAGCAAUAUUGGCCGCAUAUUGACAAAAAGAUGAAGUAUGGUGACAUUACUGUAUUAAACAAAAAACAAAAUAUUUUUGCUGAUUACUCUUUUAGAACUUUCCAAGUGACUUAUAGAGAGGAAACUCGAAAGAUAGAACAUUUACAUUACACGGCUUGGCCGGACUACGAAGUGCCAUUAAAUACACACUCAGUAGUCACAUACUUGAAGAAAUUGUUAUCGUUAUCACCUGGAGAUGGACCCAUGGUAGUUCAUUACAGUGGCGUUGAAAAAACAGGGAUUAUCAUUUUGUGCGACAUUUGUCUUCGUCGAGCAGCGGCCGACGGGAAAGUUGAUGUUCUCGCCGAAACGAUAUCCAUUAGAAGCGAACGAAAUAACAUGAUUAAUAAUAAGCAACAAUAUCUCUAUGCGCAUUUGGUGUUAGUGGAAUGUUGGUUUUCCAUUUCAACUCCGUGUAAUAAGAUGUUAAUUACGCGAAUUAAGAAGUUGAAAGAACAAUCGCUGGCUGUUCAGCAAAGAUUACAGGACACUGCAUGGCAAGAUGAAAUCCUGGGACAAGAUAAAGUGAGUAGAGUAUAUUUGAAGAAAUAUCCGAUAUCGGACGGGCAGAGUGAUUAUCUACCCGCCGUUUAUGUAGACGGAGUAAAACUUCAGAAUCAGUAUCUAGCUACACAGCUUCCCAUACAAUCAACGUUCGAAACAUUCUGGCGAAUGAUUGCCGAAUACAAAGUUGAACUUAUUGUCAUGCUACAGCCGCCAGAUCCUACUUGCUGUGAGAUUGCUCCUACAAGCGGUGAAUUUGAACCAACCCCAUAUUUGCAUAUUACUGUGAAAGAAGUUGUGAAGGAGAAAUGUUAUACAUCACAAAAAUUAUUGCUUGUUGAUAAUUUCGAGAAACCUAAAAGAAAGCAAUAUGUGACUAUAACGUGUUUAACGGAAUGGAAACCUGGACAAGAUCAACCACUGCCUUCAGUGCGGUCAAUGGUGACCUUUUGGCAAGCAGCUGAGUCCAUCGCAAGAAGCAAUGGACCCACUGUCACACUUUGCCAUGACGGAGUAACUGGAUGCGGACUCUAUCUAGCAUUGAGUUUCUUAUUGGAACGAAUGACUGUCGAAAAGGAAUGCGAUGUUUAUUUAGCAGUGCGAGCUGUCAAACGAUCAAGAACAGAUUUUGUUCGUUCUAUGGAACAUCUGGAAUAUCUAUAUGAUGCCGCGGUGACAUAUAUGGAGUUUUUUCAAAACUAUGCGAAUUUUUUGUAAAACAAGAACAAUCAAGCUAUAUUCUCGCAUACAUAUACAGCUGUUCUUCGACAUCAUGCACAAAUUAUGUGAAUGUCUAUAAUAAAAUCUCCCGCACUACGAAGAGGGUAAAACAAAAGGUUGUCGAAGACUUUUUUCAACAACUACGGCGUACUAUCGCGACAUCGAUGAUCGUAAAAAAGAAACAAAAUCUGCUUGGGACUAAAGUCUACCAUAAAAAAAUAACUUUUUUGUUGGCUUGUCGAUGCAAUAUUGGAACGAUUGUGUUCAAUACUUUUCCUCAUGCCAAGAAUGUUUUCAAUUAAUCAACUUUAGAAUAUUUUCGAUUAUUGCAUUACAACAGGGUGCUACAAGAUGAACGAUUACUUGCAAGUGAUAUUUGAAUAACAAUUAAAUUAACAAUAAGAAGACUAGUCUUUAUUGAAAUUGAUACAAAAUCCGCUCAAUCUUAAAUCUUGUUUAUGUCAACGAUGAUUGCAAUCCUGGUUAUGAGAAAUAAUUAAAUAAAGUUAAAUAGAUAAUUAGAUAAAAUAAGAUUAUUUUCAUGUACAAGGUUUUAAAAAUACUAGUUUGUUUUAAAAUGUAAUUUUGGUUUUUACUAUCAUUGAAAAUGUUUCGCGAACCAUACUUCGGGAAUUCUUGAUAUAGAAUUACUUUUUCAUCACAUAUGUGACAUAUUUAAAUGUAACAUCACCCAAACAACAAAAUUUAAAAUCUAUAAAACGUCUUUAAGGCUACUUUUAAAAAUGUAUUUGAAUAAAGACUUCUUUUAAAUGACUAAAGACGUCUUAAGACCCAAUUUGACAUCAUGUUAUCUGACCAAGUUACCGCAUACUUCCUUUUCAUCGGUUUUGGUCCAACAUUACUGUUGCUGAAUCUUGAUAGUAUAAAAACGGACACAGUGCAAAACGUUUCUACAAAAAUUUAAUUCUGUAUUACUUUUGUAUUACGUUAUUAAGCCGUGUAGUGCAAGUUGUUGUCUUCGCGUACAUGAGAGUGAUUUGGAUAUAAUACGUAUUUAUGUCUUUGUGUACACAUAUAAACGUCUUAUUAAACGAAACUGUUUUAUUAGAUUCAAAUUAGCAAUAAACUUUUUUAAAGUAAAGGAACUAAACUGUAAAUAAUCUAAUCUAAUUAAUUAUAUAUACAAUAAUUGCAGAUAUUUUGUCAGGUUAAUAUAUUUAACUGUAUUUUAAUAAUCAUUAAUCUUACAAAAAUUACAUGCAUUGACAAUAAAAAAAAUGGAGAUGGGCGUAUUAAUAUUUUUUAUCUUUGUAACUCAAGUACUACUUAUUUUUGGAAAAGUAAUUUUAAUACACGAUAUGACAUUAAAUCAUGAGAUGACAUUGAUAUGUGUGUCUGAAUAUGAUGGCGGCGCUCUUGUAUGGAAUUAUCGUACGUCGAUUGUCGAACCUUCUGAGGUAAAUGGACUU